GUGUGGCAGCCAAGUAGCUGCCGACGUUGGGCUGGCAAGCCUUUCCAUUUACCGCUGAUUUUUCCUUUUCGCCGUCUUCUUUCUUAAUUAGUUUUAGGAACCGAAUUUCUCUCCCCCUGUCUGUCUUUCGAGGUUGUGGCUACGGACAGGGAAAGGAUAAACAGAAGAGAAGAGAGAGGGGAGGAAGGAGAGAUAGAGGAAAGGGAAGAGGGAAGAGACACGAGGAAAGGGAAGAGGGAAGAGACACGAGAGACGACGACGACUACGAGGAGGAGGGCAGGGAAGGUGGAGAGAGAGAGAGAGAGAGAGAGAGAGAGAGAGAGAGAGAGAGAGAGAGAGAGAGAGAGAGAGAGAGAGAGAGAGAGAGAGAGAUGCCGCACAUUCGAUUCGCCGAUGAUGAUGGAAGUAACCCUGAAGAUGAUCAAGGGAUGGAUUUGGAAAUGCCCAGAGAGGAGGAUCCGGCAUCAACGGCGAUGGCCGCAGCGGUCCAUCCAUCGUUCUUACCACCUUCUUCUUCUCCCUCCUUCCCUCUUCCAUGUCCUUCUCCUUCUCCUUCUCCAUCUCUUUCUGCUUCCACUUUCCGACCGAGCGAUGGCGCCCAAGCCCUUCAUGCGGUGAAGACGAUCCAAACGGCGUAUGGACCGUCCGAUGAUCCAACUUACGUCUUCGAUCUGGCCUGCAAUGGGGAUGGAUCGCUGUUGGCCGCCUCCUUAUCCACUCAUGAGAUCAAGAUUUACACAUAUGCCUCUGGAGACUUCCUAUCAACUUUGCAUGGGCACGAGGGGACAAUCACCGACCUCUGCUUCCCGGACCCCGGAAAUCUGCAUAUGCUUGCUUCCUGUGCUUCUGAUGGGACGGUACGCCUUUGGGACACGCGGUCCAACCAGCAGUGCCUUCAAUGGACUGCAGAGGGCAAGGAGGAGUUUGAGAGCUUGUCGUUCGGCGGGACCACUGGGAACCUUCUUGUUGCUGGGGCAAAUGCAAAAGUGAUAUUCUGGGACACACGUUCGAGGAAGACUGUUGCCUGUUUGGAAGAGUGCCACAUGGAGCCAGUUACUCAGGUAAAGACAAAUCAGGGUGGUUCACCCCACAAUCGGACAUGACUGGAUUGUCUGAACUUGUCAGAAGUUCAACCAAGAUUGCGCAUUCACUCCUAUCCGACUCGACGUUCUGAUGUGCAGAAAAG